AUGUCAAACCCUCCCUCAUCCAACGUCCUCAUGGACUUCCUAAACGGCUCCUUCAACGGAGAUCCCGCCGACGCCCGAGCAUUCUGCGAACGCACCAUGACCCCCAACUUUGUCCGCCUCCAAGCCGGCGGCGACAGAACGGACUUCGAGCGGUCCGUAGAGAAAAUUGCCCAUUUCCGCGCGAACGGCAAAUGGGAUCCGUCGAUGAAGUUCUUCGCGCAGGACGGAAACAAGGUCUCUGCCCGAGUUGUUGGUGACGUGCAAAUUGGGGAUGAGCCGGCGAAGAAGUUGGAGUUGAUGAUUAUGGCGGAGAUGAAUGAACAGGGACUCUUUGAGAGGAUUUGGGAGCAGAUUGCUGAGUAUACUACAGGGGAGGAAUAG